AUGGUAUGUAUAAAAAUAGGAAGAAAAAUAUCUAAGUUGACCUGUUAAAGGGAUAUUAAAAUAGAAAAGCAAAUUGAAUCUUCUGAUUAGAAUUUAUCAGAUAUUAAUGUUAAAUCUUUAACACUCCAUUAGAAUAAUUCCUUUUUAGACCAAGGUUUUAAAUAUUUUAUUAUUUUUUUUAGUUUAUUCAAUUGUUACAAUCCUACCCAUCUCCUAAUAUCCAACUUUAUAAGCCAAAGGAGCAAAAAUCUAAAAUAGUGAAUUUAUACCCCAUUAAGGUUUUGAUUUAUGA